ACUAAACGAACUUCAGUGUGAACGGUGUGAACGCUUUACUCACAGAGUAUAAUAAUCUGUGCAUCUGGUAAUCUGUGGCUUUACUUUUGUAGAAAGGAGUGUUGUUGUAUCUCUGAUACUUGUCAAAUCAAAGACUUUAAAAAAUCUUGAAUUGUUCUAUUUGUUAUCCUAAUUAAAUCAUAAAAAAUGUGGAAAACGAUUCAAAUUAAUAACAGCCUGUACUUAAUAAACUGGAAACGGGAACCCGUUCAUACGUUUUUAUUAAGCGAUUUAAAAGAAUUGUGGUCAGAAGAAGUGGAAACGGAUGAAAUGCAUCGCCGAUUUAAUGAAUUAAACCCUUUAAUAAAUUCUCGAAGUGUUCAAUAUGAUCUUAAGUUUCUUUCCAAUGCUAUUUCUUCUAGUACUGUAAAAAUCCAACAUGUUGAAAAUCGAAUGUUGGUUGAUGUUGAAGCUGUUGAUGAUGUUUAUCCAUUAAGAUUUAAAUGGGAAUUAAAUAAGAAAUCAAAUGAUAUGUUUUUUAAAGAAAUAACUUUGAACUUAAUAUCAAGUGUGAUAACUUUAGAAAAGAGACAGGAUGAGUUGUUUUCUUUACUUAUGAAAAAAGAUAAAGAAAAGUGUGAAUAUGUACGUGAAUAUGGAGAGAUAUCUAGAGAUUUUUUAAAAACCGUUAAAUUUGAUAAAGAGGAAUUUAUUGGUGAAUCGUCAAAUUCGGGAAUGUGUGGUAUUUUUUCAUAUCAACCUGUUGUUGAUGAUCUUAAAAGCACGUAUGGGAUGAAGCUUGAAAAAAGAAAAGCUGACCCGGUAGAUGAUAAACAAGCUAAAAAGGUUAAACAAUACAUACCAAAGUUUUUGAAACGUCCAACAACAAAGUAAAUAGAAAAAAUUGCAAUACCACCAUUUAUUAAUACAUUUUUCAUUUUUUAUGUGACUAUAUAUACAUUACACAUUUUGAAUAGAUUUAAGGUGUUAAAUUAGAUACUAAAAUUGUC